AUGUCGGCAGUAGACCAGCUCAAGCAGCAGAACGCUGCUUUGCAAUGCCCAGGAGCGAAGAAGACUACCGCGACUCCCACCAAGGCCACAACAUCGACUGCCACGAAGCCUACUCCUGUCAUGAAGACUGUUGCUACUGCUACUACCGCAACUGAUGCUGCUGCUGCUGCUGCUGCUGCUGCACCUGUGAGGAAAGCCCCUCGGAAAUUGAAUGCAGCUGGUACAUCUACUCCCACGGCAGCCCAGCCAAAAGCUCCCGUGCCCGCAAAGGCAACACCCGUCAAAGCAAGGACACCACUUGGAACGCAGAAGACACUUCCAGUCGGCUCGAGCAAGCCAGCAGCUACAUCCACACCCGUCAAGAAGACUCCAGCCACUGCAACCAAGACACCUGUCGGUAGUGCAUCAAAGCCCACAGCUCUGAAGAAAGACACCCCAACCGCAGAGAAGAAAACCACCAUCCCACCAGCCGUGAAGUCAGCGUCGACAACCAAACCAACCCCCAUCAAGAAAACGCCCACCAAGACCGUGAACCCAGAUGGCCAGACCUCCAAGCCCACGGGCGCUCUCUCCCGCACCGUCGCCACCGGCACCGGCGCGCUCAACAAGACCGUCGGCACCACGACCGGCACGCUCAACACCGUGACCGACUCCGCGACGAGUGGGAUAAACACGGGGCUGAAUACCGUCACGGGCGGGGUGGGCAAGGGCCUCGAUGCCAUCCCCGGCGGCGCGGGGAAACCUGUCAAACACGUGACGGAUAACGUGGGCAAGACGGCGACGGGGGCCGCGGAUAAUCUGUACUACACGGCGGGCGCGGCGACAAAGGGCGUGCAGGGCACGGUGAGUAAGACGACGGGCGCGAUUGGGCGGGGGGAUGUCAAGGGUACGGCGGCGGGUGUGACGAGCGGUGUUGGAAACACGGUUACAGGCGUGGGAAGGGGCGCGGGGAACCUUGUGGGCGAUGCGGUGGGCGGCGUGGGCAAGACGGUGGGUGGGCCGUUGGGGGAUGUUGUAGGGGGUGUGGGGAGGGGUGCGAAUAACGCUGUAUCUGGGAUUACUGGGGGGCUUGGGGAGGGCGUGGGAAAGUUGGGGAAGGGUGAUGUUAUUGGGGGUGUGGGGAGCACGCUUGGUGGUGUGGGUAAGGGGGUGAGCGGGCUGUUUGGGGGCUUUGGGCAGGGCGGGAAGGAGGAGGAGAAAUGA